GCACAGAAAAGCGUGUUUUCCAAAUUUAGGAACACAUAAGCCAUCUCUCUCUUUUACCUUCACCAGUCUUCUGAAUAUAAAAGAAAUUUUCUUUUGAUUUUUGGAUUUGGACUUUCCCUACGUACCGAGCUUCUCUCUUGUACCUCUUCUUUUGCUUAUAUAAAUAUUACAUAUAUUGUGUUUGUUCAAUUCUUUUACCUCUUUACACAACCCAACCAGAACAAAGGAUCAGAACGGUUUUGGUUUCUGUGUCUUUCCCUUCUGUAAGAUCUGUUACAGAGGGAUGAAGCGAAUAAGAGAGGAUAUAUAUUCCGGUUCUCAAUUUAAACGCCCAUUUGGUUCUUCGAGGGCUGAAUCCUAUGGGCAAAACCAAAUGCUGGGUGGAGGGGGAGUGGGAAGGGGAGGAGCAGCCGGAGGAGGUGAAGGUGGAGGAACGGUAGGAGGAGGCAUGUCACAGAAACUGACUACAAAUGAUGCUUUAACGUAUCUAAAGGAAGUGAAGGAGAUGUUUCAGGAUAAAAAAGAGAAAUACGACAUGUUCCUUGAAGUCAUGAAGGAUUUCAAGGCUCAGAGAACUGAUACAGUUGGUGUCAUUGCCCGAGUUAAGGAAUUAUUCAAAGGGCACAACAACUUGAUUUAUGGAUUUAAUACCUUCCUACCUAAGGGAUAUGAAAUAACCCUUCAUGAGAAUGAGGCUCCUCCGAAAAAGACGGUGGAAUUUGAAGAAGCAAUCAGUUUUGUUAACAAGAUAAAGAAACGAUUCCAAAACGAUGAGUAUGUUUAUAAAUCAUUCCUGGAUAUCUUGAAUAUGUACAGGAAGGAGCACAAGGACAUAAAUGAGGUCUAUAAUGAGGUUGCUUCUCUUUUUGAGGACCAUCCUGAUCUGCUAGAUGAGUUCACAAGAUUUUUACCAGAUUCUUCAGCAGCGCCUUUGACUGAACAAGUUCCAUAUGGUCGAACUUCAACUCAGCGCUAUAAUGAGCAAAGCUCUGCUACACCCACCUUGCAGCAUAUACAAAUGGACAAGCAACGUCAGAGGGAUUGGAUUAUGACAGCCCAUGCUGACAGAGGUCUCAGUGUUGAUCGUCCUGAACUGGAUGAUGAUAAAGAUAUCCUGAAAAUGCAAAAAGACCAGAGAAAGCGUGUGGAAAAGGACAGUAGGGAUCGGAGAACUCGUGAACAUGAUGAUCCUGAGCAUGACAACAACAGGGAUUUUAACUUGCAGCGAUUUCCUGACAAAAAGAGAUUGGGAAGGAAGAUUGAAGGAUUUGCUUCCAAUGAUGAGAGAGAGACUUUUAAAAGCAUGUGCAACCAAGGGUUCAUAUUCUGUGAGAAAGUUAAGGAGAGGCUAUGCAGUUCUGAUGACCACCAGGCAUUCUUAAAGUGCCUUAAUAUUUAUAGCUAUGGAAUAAUAAAAAGAAAUGAUUUGCAAAAUUUGGUGACUGAUUUACUUGGCAAGCAUCCAGAUCUUAUGAAUGAGUUCAAUCAGUUCUUGGAGUGUUGUGAGAACACUGACGGGCUUCUUGCUGGUGUUAUUAGUAAAAAAUCACUUAGUGGAAAUGGACAUACGUCCAGGCCAGUGAAGAUAGAGGAAAAAGAUAGAGAACAGAGGCGUGAAAUGGAGGGGCCUAAGGAAAAGGAGAGAUACAGGGAGUAUCUGGCAAAAUCCAUACAGGAACUUGACCUUUCCAACUGCCAAAGUUGUACCCCAAGCUAUCGGCUUCUGCCUGAUGAUUAUCCAAUACCUUCGGCAAGUCAAAGAUCAGCGCUUGGCGCUCAAGUGCUGAAUGAUCACUGGGUAUCUGUGACUUCAGGAAGUGAGGAUUAUUCUUUUAAGCACAUGCGCCGAAAUCAGUAUGAAGAGAGCUUAUUCAGAUGUGAGGAUGAUAGAUUUGAACUGGAUAUGUUGCUAGAAUCUGUGAGUUCAACUGCCAAGCGUGCCGAGGACCUUCUGAACAGCAUUAAUGAAAAUAAAAUCAAUAUGGAUUCUCCAAUUCGUGUACAAGAAUACUUUACUGUUCUAAAUUUGAGGUGCAUUGAGCGUUUAUAUGGUGACCAUGGUCUUGAUGUAAUGGAAAUAUUACAUAAAAACCCUGCUCUUGCAUUGCCUGUCAUUUUAACUCGCCUGAAGCAGAAGCAAGAAGAGUGGACAAAGUGCCGUUCUGACUUUAACAAAGUUUGGGCUGAAAUUUAUUCAAAAAACCAUUAUAAAUCACUUGAUCAUCGCAGCUUCUAUUUCAAGCAGCACGAUUCAAAGAACUUGAGUGUAAAAUCUUUAGUGGCUGAAAUCAAGGAGUUGAAAGAGAAGAACCAGAAAGAGGAUGACGUUCUUGUGGCUAGUGUUGCUGGUCACAGACAACCCUUAGCUCCACACCUCAACUAUGAAUAUUUGGAUGUUGACAUUCAUGAAGACCUAUAUAAACUUAUAGAAUAUUCAUGUGAAGAGAUGUGCUCGACUAAAGAACAGUUAAGUAAAGUAAUGAGGCUCUGGACCACUUUCGUGGAGCCAAUGUCGGGCAUUCCUCCUCGACCUAAUGGCAAAGAGGGUACUGAUGAUGCUGGUAAAGCUCAGAAUCCUGCUGUAAACUGCGUUACGUCAAGCAUUGCUGAAAGUGGUGGAAGUCCCAGAGCUGAUACUACUGUUAAUUCUACACAACAAAAGGCUGCCACUGACAGAGAUGAGAAUGGUUCACCUGAAUUAACUAAUUCCUGCAGAAAUGGUUUGGCAAAUGGGGAAACUUCAGCCAAAGAACACUCAAGUCAUUUAUCUAGAGAUGAUUUAAAGAAGAACACUCAACCUGGAAUAAACAUGCUGGCAAUUGGAGCCCUUGCAUUUGAAGCCGAAAAUAAUCACAGCAAAAGCAAUACUGAAGGGGCUUCAGCAGCAUCUAGACCUAGUAGCGUUGCAGCUGGUGAGGAUCUUGAACCUGAAGCUAAUGCAGAUCUUCUGCACACAUCAGAGGGUGGUGAUGUAACAAAACAUGCUCUAUUAGUUAAUGGAGUGCCUACAGAUGAGACUAAUGCUAGUAGAUAUCUCGAAGAACUUGCUGGUCCCUUGAAAAUUGAGAAAGAAGAAGGUGAAUUAUCACCUAAUGGUGAUUUUGAGGAGGAUAAUUUUGUUGCUCAUGGUGAUAAUGGCCUAAAGGCUGUUCCAGUGGCGAAGCAUAGUGUUGAAAGUGGACAGUAUCAGUCUGGAAAAGGGUCACAAUGUAAGGAUGCUGGAGUUGAAAAUGGUGCAGAUGCUGAUGAUGAGGAUGGUGAAAAUGCCUCUGAGGCUGGUGAUGAUGCAUCAGGCAGUGAGUCUGCAGAUGAUGAAUGCUCCCGUGGAGAGCACGAAGAGGAAGAGGUUGAGCUUGAUGAAGUUGAUGGUAAGGCUGAGAGCGAAGGUGAAGCUGAAGGGAUGAAUGAUAUGCAUGCAGGAGGAGAUGGCAUGUCUGUUGCAACUUCCGAACAGUUUCUUUUUACGGUGAAGCCUCUUGCAAAACACGUACCUGCAGUUUUUCCUGAAGAAGAUCAAAACAUUUCUCGGGUUUUUUAUGCAAAUGAUGAUUUCUAUGUUCUUUUCAGAUUUCAUCAAAUCCUAUAUGAAAGAAUACUGUCUGCGAAAACAAACUCAACAGGUGCUGAGUUAAAGCGGAAAAACUCAAAAGAAUUGUGUUCUUCAGAUUUAUAUGCCAGAUUUAUGAGUGCACUGUACAGUCUACUUGAUGGAUCUUCUGACAAUAUGAAGUUUGAAGAUGAAUGUCGAGCAAUAAUAGGAAACCAGUCAUACGUAUUAUUCACAUUGGACAAGUUAAUAUAUAAAUUGGUUAAGCAGCUUCAAGCUGUUGCAACAGAUGAGAUGGAUAAUAAGCUUCUUCAACUGUUUGAGUAUGAAAAAUCCCGGAAACAUGCAAGGACAAUGGAUUCAGUGUAUUACGAAAAUGCGCGUGUCCUCCUUCAUGAGGAGAAUAUUUAUCGAUUGAAAUCCUCAUCUUCUCCAUCUCGAUUAUCUAUUCAGCUGAUGGACAAUGUGAUUGAAAAACCUGAGGCUUUUGCUGUUUCAAUGGAACCUAAUUUUUCAGCUUUUUUGCACAAUGAUUUUCUAUCAGUCUUUCCUGGGAAAAAGGAACCACAUGGUGUUACGCUAAAGAGAAACAAGAAAAAAUAUGCAAACCUAGAUGAAUUUGCUGCCAUUUGCAUGGCUAUGGAAGGUGUUGAACUGGUUAAUGGCUUAGAGAACAAGAUAGCUUGCAAUUCAUACAAGAUUUCUUAUGUGUUGGACACCGAAGAUUUCUUCUGUCGUAGGAGAAGAAAUUCGCCACCAAAAUGCGGAUCAUAUAAUACUCAGGCAAGACUACAACGGUUCCAUAAAUUUUUAUCGGCUUCCCAAUAAUAUCCGGCACGAACAACAUUGCAAGCUUUAUACUAUUUGUGCAUUUCCUGUAGAAAUGCCAUUGGUGCAACCGAACCGAAAGCGGAGACUAGAUGCAAGUUGGCCAUACUAGUAGUACUGAAGAAGGAAGAAAUUGUUAGAAAAAUGUAGCAUAUCUGUAAGAUCAUAUGCUCAAAGUUCUUGAGCCAUUACUGUGUAAAUAGGGUUUUGCAUGAUAUUUUGUAAUAACAAAAAAAAGGAAAAAAGAAAAAAGAAAACAGGGUUUUUAAUGUCUCGUAUUUUAUAAAAAAAGAAAUUUGAAUUGUUAAACACGA